CUCUAAUGUAUAAAUAUUUAGGCGUGCGGGCACGCGGGUAUUUAUUCUGCGACAGUAGCGCGCGCUUUCCUUAUCGAAUCUGUAUCGACCUUCUAACUGAAAAAUCGCACAUCGUGCUAUUUUGUAUUCCGUACAAACGAACAACUUAACUUAUUGUUUACAAAAUGCAAGUAAAAUUCAAGUUGAUCGCUGCAGCCUGCGAAAAUAUGGGUAUCGGUAUAAAUGGUGAUUUGCCGUGGCGAUUGAGAAAAGAAAUGGAAUUUUUCACUAAAAUGACUUCUACAACAAAAGAUAUUAACAAGAAAAAUGUUGUCUUGAUGGGCAGAAGAACAUGGGAAUGCAUUCCUAAGAAAUUUAAACCCCUUGCUAAUCGGAUAAAUAUGGUACUUUCAUCCCAAACACUUGAUCUUGGAGAAGAUGCUAUUCCAUGUAAGAGUAUAGCUGAAGCUGUUCAAGAAAUAACUCAAGGUUCUUUAAAAGAUAAAGUAGAGCAAGUGUGGGUCAUUGGAGGAAGCUCAAUUUAUAAAGCUGCUAUGGAAUCACCAUAUUUUCAUAGAUUGUACUUGACAAGAGUGAAGAAAUCUUUUGACUGUGAUACUUUUUUCCCAGAACUUCCUGAAGGUUUAGUUUUAGUCAAAGAUGAUGAUGUUCCACAAGGAGUUCAAGAAGAGAAAAAUAUACAAUUUGAGUAUGAAGUAUAUGAAAAAGUUUUAAAUUAAGAGAUUAAACUCAA